GGAAUAUCAUUACAAGACGAAGAAGGAGGAAAGCUGUCAGGAAAGGUAGUGGCGUCUGUCAGUCAAAGUUCACAAAGACUUUAUUUGCUUAGUGAUUUGUCGACGGAGAAGCGAACCUGCACAGCAUGAGCGACAAAGAAGAAGUCCAGUUUGAUCCAAAAGAGCACCAGCAUCUGCGCUAUAAUCCCCUGCGGGAUACCUGGGUCCUGGUGUCUGCUCACCGCAUGAAGAGACCCUGGGCUGGUCAGGUAGAAAAGCCUACUGAGGAACAUGUACCCAGAUUUGACAGCAACAACCCACUUUGUCCCAAGAACACACGAGCAAGUGGAGAGGUAAAUGAAGACUAUCACAGUACUUUCAUAUUUGAUAAUGACUUCCCUGCUCUUCAGCCAGAUGCUCCAGAUCCUGGUGUGGAUGAAGAUCCAUUGUUCCAGUGUAAAGCUGCCAGGGGUGUCUGUAAGGUCAUGUGUUUCCAUCCCUGGUCUGACAUUACCCUCCAACUCAUGAAACAACAGGAGGUUGUGGAAGUGAUUGACAAGUGGGCAGGGCUUGUUGAAGAACUGGGCAAACUCUACCCCUGGGUUCAGAUCUUUGAGAAUAAAGGAGCCAUGAUGGGUUGUUCAAAUCCACAUCCUCACUGUCAGGUCUGGGCCAGCAACUUCCUGCCAAAUGAGCCAGCUCUUUCAGAUCGCUGUCAAAGAGCUUACUAUCAGAAACAUGGACGGCCACUGCUGAUGCAAUAUGCGAUACAAGAGGCUGAGAAAAAGGAGCGGCUGGUGGUGGAGAAUUCUGAUUGGCUGGCAGUAGUGCCAUAUUGGGCAACAUGGCCUUACCAGACGCUGUUGUUACCACGACGACAUGUCCUGAGACUCAAUGAACUGACAAGAGAUGAGAGAGAGAGUCUGGCUGACAUUAUGAAGAGACUGUUGACCAAGUACGACAAUUUGUUUGAAAUUGCUUUUCCCUACUCCAUGGGCUGGCACGGCGCACCCACUGGCACCCAUUUGAAGGAGGACAACACUCACUGGCAGCUACAUGCUCACUAUUACCCCCCUCUGCUGCGGUCUGCAACAGUUAAGAAGUUUAUGGUGGGUUAUGAGAUGCUCGCCCAGGAGCAAAGGGACCUCACACCUGAACAGGCUGCUGAGAAGCUAAGGAACCUACCUGAAGUACACUAUAAAACCAGAGAGAACAGGGAAAGGGGAAAAGGAAAGGAGAAAGUGUGUGAGGAGGGGAAUAAAGUGAAUUGAUCUUGUCUAAUGAAAAAUGAUGGCUUUAUUUGAACUAUAGUAUACUAGAUUUUUUGUUGUCUUCUUUCUUUUUUAUAUCUUUGUCAUGAUUUGUUCCUUUGUUCUUUAAGUCAUGUUUAGUCUGUAAUCUUGCAUAUUGUACCUUUUCAUAAUUGUAACACCCAGACUUUGAUUAUAAAUAAGAAUGGAUGAAAAAAAACAGUCUUUUAAAAACUGUGAGUGAGCUUACCCUGUGAGUGUCUGACCAAUCAGAGAUGUUCAGCACUGCAGGGGCUGCAUGACCUGCGGGUCUUUUUUUAGGGGUAUAUCGUUUACCCCAGAACUACUUGUGUCCUAAUGAAAAGGGUAUUUGCUCAGUGAAGCUUUGAGUGAGAGACCUGCGAUCAGUAAUAAUGUACAGCCUGUUUCAUCUGUUUGGCACUAGAAAAAUCUAUUGUGCCUUUUGCCAUUUGUCUUUUCAGUUUGAUCGCUGCGACCCUUUCACACCAAUCACCAUUCCAGUCCUGGUCCUCCCAAGUCCACUUGGGAUUCUUCCAUCACCACUACUGGUGUCUAGACUCCAUCAGGGGGUAUUCUGCUGUUAGCCUAGCUACCUUUUAAUGAAGAUAUCCUGAUGAUGGAGUGUAAUCGCCAAAGACAUUGCGAAUUUGUUCUUUUUAAAACUUGUAAAUGAAACAAUUAUCCAUUCAUAAUAUCUCCUGUUUGAAAUACAAGUUGGCAGAGAAAAAUGCCUGCCAAAAGGCCCACAUCCA